GCCGGUGGUGAAUGCAACUGGGAGAAAUUCAACUGCGUGAUUUGGAGCAGACAGGCGGAGGCGGCGGUACCUGCAAGUUAGAGGGAUUACAUCGGACAGUUUUCUUACAAAACCGUACAAAGAGUGACUGAAGACCAGGUAGGAAACUCAAAGUGUACCUCCACCUUCGCUUCGUGGUUUGUAAUCUCUAAAAACAGUGUGAAUUAGGUGUGUUUGGGGAUGCAUCAGCGGUGUUGAUGGCUCUGUGCCGCAUGUCGGCUUUUGGAGUUCAAAACAAACGUGACGAAUGAGGUAAUACUACUUUAUGUCCGAACACAUUGGUCGCCGGUCUGAUAACUCGUAUUCUUGUCGUUUGUAGGAGGAUUUCUUACACGUUGUGUCACAAAAACCCUGCCUUUAUCAAACGGAGAAGUUAACUGCUUUGUAUUUCCACGCUGCUCUUUCGCAGCAGGAAAAACUAUGAAAAGUAGGCCUAGCGCGAGGCCCCGGACAGCUUUCUGAUUGACAGCUAGACGGCCAAUCGGAGUCUAGUAUUCCACCCUUACGAGCUCGCAGAAGCCAGUCGUAUUGGUUUAUUGCAAUGACGUAGAGGAUUCGCUCGCGCUCUGCACAGUGGUUAUAAAACACGGGACAAUAAAGAAACAUUACUCUCGGACCAAGUUAUCAAAUUAUUGUGGUUAAUUAAGACGAGCAGGUGUGUUCUGUUAAUAUCAGUGCUGGAUAACAAAAUAUAUUGAUAAUGAAGUGGAAACAUAAGGGCGUUGAAUACUAUUUCUUUUAUUAUUAAAGGGAAAUGCACUCUAUAACCAAAUUUAUCAAUGCUAAUUAUUAUUAAUGUAACAUUGAAUUUGUUUUCAUCAAUAAGCGCCUGUCUCCUGAAGCUUGAUUUGGUCAUCGCUGGGUGACUGCCGGUCCGCGCCUUGCUCGUGUCACCGUCGUCUGUACGUCUUUCUGUUUCUAUGCAAUCAAAAUACUAAAUUUUCUGUAAAAAUCAAGUGAUGCGUAUGACACUGCAUACUUCGCAGUUCGAUAACGUGAUGGAUACGUAUCUGUCUGUUUAGCACAGCUAUCCCGAUGGGUUGCUGCUAUUGUCUCUCAUUGUGUCUCUCUCCGUGUGAUCGGCUGACAAGAAAACACGUGGGCCGAGUGCUGUGGAGAUAUCCGGUUAGUAGGUUGCACUGCAGCCGUUCAGCUCCAGACUGUCUCCGCUAUGGUGAACCGUUUCAGCUCAAACUUGGACUACAGUAAGAUGCUUUGACGACUCUGUGCAAUCGUUAGAUUUUGAUUGAGAUGGUGUUGAUGUCUACUCUGUCUGUUUGAGGCUCUACGCUCGGCUAAAGAGGCGAUUUUUCCUCGGGAGGGAAAUCGAAUUUUCUCUGGAAGACUGAAAAAUGAUCCUCCUACACUAAACCCCCCAAAACCGGGGGACUCGGGUGCCGACUUGUUAUAGGCGAGACUGCGUAGACAAGAACUCAGUCAAAAAGGCUCAAUCCUCUGGAAGUAUUAGCCUGCUGCAUGUUGCAUAAUUUUUUUACUUCAGGUGGGGGGCAGAGCAGAGACUGAGAGCAGUGAGCAAGCGUCUUUACUCCUCUGCCUUGUGCAAUUAUAUGCCUGUGGUUACUGACAUUGGUUUUGAUAACGAUGCUUUAAUAACGUGCAUGAAAUCAUUUUGGACAUCCUCAGUGAUUACUGAACAAUGCAGUGUUUCCUAAACAUUUAACCACCAUUUUAGGAGUAUGACUCACAUUAAGAUGUACUUUCUUCCUGCUUUUUUUUCCAAACAUCAUCUGCAGCUAAUGCACUUAUCCACUGGAAAUGUACUGUAUUUUCCAGGCUUUGUUGUAUUUGAAUGUCUUAUUCAUGAAUACAGUGACACGCUGACUCUUUGACAUCAAAAUGGCUACUCUGGAGCAAAACCCGUUUUUUCUGUUACCACAAUCUUUUGGUCCAAUAAGGAUCAGAGAUGACCUAAGAGAAACAAGACCCUCUGUUGUGACUGUGAGGACAGACCUUCACUUGUGGUCUUACACUGAUAUAUUAUCUGUUUCAUUGUCUUAUCCCAAGGCCAUGUCAUUGUACCAUUUAGUGCUUUGUAAAGUGAUAGAUUUUGGUGGUGUGUGUGUGUGUGUGUGUAUACAGGAAGGAAGCCUUGAUGUGGGCAGUAUGAGUAAGACGCCCCCUACCAGAAGAGGUAUUUCAUUUGAGGUUGGAGCCCAGAUUGAGGCCAGAGACAGCCUCAAAAAUUGGUGAGUCAUGGCCCCUGUUAUACCCCUUUAUCCCUGUGACCAUUCACCGCCAUCACUCCCUGAAAGUCCAGUUCUCUCUUCUCUUAGCCUGAGUUAGCCACUCCUGUUUUCUACCAAAGGAAAGAUAAGAAAAAUAGUGAAGAGAGACACCUUCCAGUGAGCAUAGCUCCUCAGACAUCAGCCUGUUCUUAGCAUGUGCCCCUACGCAGCUUUUCACCAAGAGAAUAAUAAAAUGAAUUCGUAACUACUUCAGUAUGUCAUUUAUUACUUUUAUUGUUAAGAGAAGAAAGAAAACCGAAGGAAAGAGCCCUAGAAAAAUGUGACAUAUGUAUCACGGGCACGACAGUGUGAGCAGCUUUUUGGAAUAACCCAGUUAACAUUUUCACAUAACAGUUUCCAUCUUAACAUAUUGCAGUUUGCUAACUUAGACUCACCCACACUCAGUCUUAAAAUACAGUGUGUUUAUUCCUAACAGUGCUUUCAGCUCACUGUUUCUAAAGUUAAUCAGUGUGACAUGAAUCAUUAUGCUCCUUGGGGCGUUAACAUGAGUCUUUAAAGAUUCUUGAUUUGCUUCACAAAUGCAUUUUUUAUAUUUUAUAUGUCACGCAGGUAUGCUGCCAAUAUAGAGAAGAUUGACUACGAAGGUGAAAAAGUACUGAUCCAUUACCGUCAGUGGAGCCACCGUUACGACGAAUGGUUUGAGUGGACAAGUCCGUAUUUGAGACCUGUGGAGAGGGUUCAGCUGAGACGGCAGGGCCUGCAGGACGACGCACCUAUACCUGUAAGCAUGCUGGAGCUCGGUCUGAAUCACUCUGUGCUCUGUGAUGCUUGGUUCCUGACAGUUAAUUUUUUAAGGACAGAAGGGCUACAUGUUUGUCUCUGACAGAGAAAAGAGCUGAAAUAUGAAGGUUGAGUUGUAUUUGCUGAAGUUGAAUGGGGAUCUGUUGUUUUUACCAGGAAAUGAAAUUUGAUUCACGUCUUUCUUAUUAAGAUGUUACACCAGUGAUGGUAGUUUUGUGAAAAUUUAAGAGUUCAAUCUUUCUUGUGUCCUUGAUAUAGUACCUCCUUUAUUUCUUAGAUGAAGUAUCUCUGUUUCUCCUUCAGGGUUUUCAUGUGAAUGAUAAGGUCCUUGCCAGCUGGUCUGACUGCCGUUUCUACCCUGCAAAGGUCAUUUCUGUCAAUAAAGAUGGUGGGUGUCACGACACACAGUUAUUUCCUAGCCAUAUUAGGUUUGAGUUAAACAAUCUCAAAAUGUCCAUUUUAUAUGUAUUUAUUAUAAAUAUUUGAUGUGUCCCGAUGCAACUUUUAAACUUCCAAUACGAUACUGAUAUUGUAGCCUUCAGUAUUGAUUGACACCAAUAUUGAUCCGAUAUUAGCACAAGCAUGAGCAUGACUCAGCUGCAAUGUCUUUUUGGGACUUAAAUGGAAAUACUGCCACACGGCUCUGCAUGCUAGAUCCAAGCACUGCUAGAUAGAGGUGCUGGAGCAGAGUCUGGAAUGGACUGCUUGUAUCGGAGUGCUGAUAUCUGAGAUUUUAGAAGCCGGCCGAUAUAAUUCGAUAUUCGUUUUUUCUGAUAUCGGACCGAUAUCGGAUCAGGACAUUCCUAAUGAGUAUAAAGAUUCAAUCAUUAAUGAUGUACUUUUAUAUUCUUAUCUCUGGCAAUGGCAAAGCAAAGAGAAAGUAAAAAAAAUCUUUAAUUUACAAAUGGACAGCCAUGAAAUCACAAUAACAAUCCUGAUCUUGUCCACAGAUCGGGAUCAGGAGUGUGGUCCUUUUAGGGAUUUACCCUCUUGGACUUACGCAGAAUAAUAAAAAAGAUGUCAGAUGUUAAUAUGUCUUAUUGGCCUGUAUUAAAUGAGUUCUCUUGAAUCCUCCUCAGCAUCCUACACUGUCAAGUUCUAUGAUGGUGUAAUCCAGACAGUGAAGGGGAUACACGUGAAGCCUUUUAUCAAAGAGGUAACCGACCAUACCUGUCUUGUUAAUUUACUUCUUAAUUCACAGUCAAACCUGUUUAAAGCACAAUUUUCUUCUUUUUUUUCUCCCCUAAAUUGUCCUGCUGUUAGAGAGGUAGUGUUGGUGGAGGGAAGUCUCGGUCCACUGAUAGAAACAUGGUUAGGAAGGCUCCAAGUCGCAGAGAUAGGAGGCCACAGGAGAAUGGAGGUCCCAAGAACAAGCGAGCCAGACGCAGCACCUCUGACCAGGAAGAGGAGAGCAACAGCGAGGAAGAGGAGCGAGAAGAAAGAGAAGUUCACGAGAAGAACAAGAAAACCAAUGGUGAGCUAGAGGCUACUGCAACAAUCAAAGAGGAAGAAGAAAUGUCUGAGCAAGCAGACCAGAACAAGGACACACAGGUGAAGACAGGACUCACAAAUGGGGUGAAGGUGGAAGAAGACCUUGAGAAAAACAGGGAGAAGUGCCACCUCAACGGAGAGGUAAAGAAGGAGGAGGUGGAAACAGAAGGGAGUGGAACAAAGCCAUAUUCAGAUUUGCCUAAGCCAUACAAAGAGUUGCACACUCAGUUGUCAGCACAGUCUGAGCAGGUGUCUGUCACUAUGACAACCACUGAAUCCAAUGGAAGUAUGGAGCAGAAGCCGAACGUCCAGUCGGAGAGCUCACAGGCUCUAGCAGAUGUGCCACCUCCACAACCUGUGAAACGUAAGUGUUCAUGACUUAAAUAAACAACAUUCUGUGUGAGCUCCAGCUUUGUUAAAAAUAACAGUGCACUUGAUAUCAUCGAGAAACUGAAUAUGAAAGCAAUAAGGUCUGGAAGUCUAAACCUUUGCUCUGUGUUUGAUAGCGGUGAGGAAGCAGGGGUUCCACAACCCCAACAGAUUCAGCAGAGAACCACGUGAGUGCAGUUAGAAUCUAUUUAACACCUACAGUCAUCUCUUGAAUUGUUUGAUGAACUUCCUUCUCACAGGUUUCUGUAUGUGUCUCAUUUCAGUGUACCGAGUGAUCAAAAACCAACCUCCCCCUGUUCUGUCCAUCAACCUUGACCACAACCCGUUUAAGUGUAGCGCCCCUGGUUGCCCGAAGUCAUUCCGUAAGGCCAAGCUGCUGCACUACCAUAUGAAAUAUUAUCAUGGUGAAGAGCAGCCUCUAGAAGGAGAGCGCAGUCCCACCAGGGGCAUACAGACCAGGGCCUCUGACAAACAGGUCGCCGGCACCGGUAUGGAGGGUCCCAGAAGAAGGCGGACCAUCUCUGCUUCUAUGCGUGAGUUUCUCUGUAGUUUCCCUUGCGUCCUAGUGGACACCACAGGAGUUUUAUUAGAAGCUGGUUCAGCUGCUAUUUCUACAAUUUUCAAACCAACUACAUGUUAUGCAACAAUAAAAAGGGAACCAAGUCAUGUGCCUAAAUCAGAAAUCCUGCUUAUCAAACAAGACUGCAGUGUUAAUAUUUCACUUCAAGCUUUGCCUCAGUGGAAAGGGUUUCAUCUUGUAUUUGCCCUUGUCUUUGAUUUUUGUCAGACUCUGUUGGAGCUGCCACAGCUCCCCGUGGUGAGGUGAAGACUGCUGGCAGACGCACUUCAGCCCCACCUGUCGUCAACACUCAGGGCCAUCAGCAGAGGGCACUGCUGAGGGAGAAGAGCAAGGAGAACCAACUGGACAGGAAUGGAUGCCAUCAGCAGGACAAGGACUCAUGCAGGAGUGGUUUUGACAUCGGUCAGUAAAGUCCGGCUCUCCUGAGGUGUUGUUUAUUGUUGUCAAGAAGAUGACGCCUUUCUUUUUUUUAAUGUACAACUCUUGUUGCUUAUCUAUCGACAGGAUCACUAAAAGAAAAACUUAAAGAGAAACCAAAACAGAAGGACUUCCUACGCAUCAAACUCAAGAAGAGGAAGAAAAAGAAGAAGGCAAAGUCUGGUAAGACGGGUCCUCUUGCUGCUAUUCCCCCCUCGCAUAUCUGCUGCUCUGCAUGUGCACCUACUGUGACAUUGUGAAAACGAAUAGCCUGCAAAGCGUAAAAGUUCUCCAUUCACUCCUUUUGGUGUGGUGGCUGAGCCUUUGUGUGUGAAAGACGUGUCACAUCUCUCACUGGCCUCUGUCACUCCAUUGUUCCAAUCAAAGGCAAAGCUCAUCUCUUGUACAUCUUCACUUGUAUUUCUUCUUGCUAAGUACAAAUCAAACAGAACUGCUGAUCAAAAGCUUGGUUUCAUUUUCUUUCAUUGGUCCAAACUCAAAUCUUGCAAAUUACUUCUAAUCUACAGGUUGCAUUGACAUGUCUGUACAGUAUCUUGUCUUUGGUAUGCGCACAAAUGUACUGCUGAACCUUCCACAUUUGUUGAUCCUAAAAAGCCUGAAACAUGGGCCAGUAUGGAUUUGAUCAAACUGAUGUUUCCUGCCUGUCCUUGAGUCUAUUCGUUGUCUGACUUUGAUGUGCCAGUAUUUCACCUCCUGGUGGGCGUUACUAAGCAUUUACAAAAUUGACAUUUUGUUCUACAUCUGCUUCCCCCCUAUCCUGUAUUAACAGACUACACAGGUAGUGAGGAGAAUAUUGACAUCUCAGUAUUGGGUCUUCAGUCCAAAUUGAAUUUGCCAUUCAAAUCCCCCCCCUCACACAAUCACAAGCCUGAGGCCUACACCCGCAGGCCAGGAUACAGCUACUCAGAGCAGAUACAUGUGGAUGGUGGGUAUUUCUGUGCCUGUGUGAGUGUGUGUCAUAGCUUUGGUGUGUGUGACUGUACGUGGCUUCCUCUCCCCUUCAUUUUCUGUUCUGUCCGGAUUCAUUCCAUCAGGCUUUUGUUUACUAUGAGAUGCAUUAGACCUGAUCUCAGUACUUCAAAGCAAGAGCUUGGGUUAGUAUGUUUACUUCAGGUGUUGGUGACCACGCUUGCUUACUUGCCUCUGAGGUAAAAGGCCAUGAUACCUCUGGUUACCUACCUUACCAGCUGUAGAGCCACUCAGAUAAAACUGACCAUGCAUUUAGUGAAGAUCCUUCAUUAGACACUAACCCCGAAUUUCCAAAGCAUCCGGAACGGCUGCGAUUUAGUCGUCCGCCAAUUCCUACUGGAUGGAUUUGUAAGGCAAAUUUCGUGGCGGAUUACAGACAGCGGGAAUCGCUAGAAUUCACAAGAACCCGCGGAUUCAUGUGCAGAUGCGCAACAAUGAGUUAUCUCUAUAAAGACAGCUAUAUAACCAUAUAAGAUGUAGAUUGUGUCCUUCCAAAGGAGGAAAUUCACUUCUAGAAUCAGCAUCAUCUCAUCCAUGGUGUCAUCGGGGUAAAAUGCUGUCUAAAAACCUUUCACUUGUUCGUCCCCGCCUGUUUGCAUGGUGUGAAAUAAGAUCCACCUGAAACACAGAGUUUUUUAUUUUGAAAAGAAGCUGGGUGUUUUAUUUUGUGUCCGCCCAACUUUCUUUCUAGCACGGAUUAAAUUUAUCCGGCAUGCUCCGGCGUCCAGAAAAAAUAGAACUCUAGUGAUCAGCUGUGGAGUUUGGCGAUCUGCAGCAGAACGGAAAGAAGCCGGUGGAAGUUGACAUAUUAACUUGAAUGGUUACGAUCUGCUGCGAUCGGUGGAUACGGCCUUUUUGUAGCCGUUCUGUAUGCGGUGGAAAUUGGGGGCGAGAAUGGUCUAUAGAAUAUACUGGUUGAAAAAUAAAUUUAACCAGACUUUUCCUAUGUGAAAGAUCUCAAAGUUUUGGAGCUUACCCAUUUGUUUUGGAUUUGAAUAUUUAAGUUGUCCUGAGUCUACUUGAAACCUCUGAGAUUUCAGCUAUAACUCUCCUGCCUCACAUAAGAGUAGAUCUUCAUACAUAAAUGUAAAAGUAGUCAGAUUUGUUCUUGGCCUUAGCUUGUAAAAUAUGCAGCUGUCCUGCCUUAUGUGUGAACUCUGCCCUGUCCACUUUGGAUCAGAACACUCUGGGCUGACUUAACUAAGCUGGUAACCUUCAAAACGUGAUAGCCUAGGGGGAUGACUCUUACCACAGUGGUAGCCUUGCUUUGUUGUACAUCAUAAUGAUCUACCAUUAAAAAAAAAACUGUAGAAGGCACUGGUUGAUUGAAUCCUGAGCUUUUCUGUGCUUCUCUAGCUUGCUUUAUUGUAUUCUUUAAAUUUUCCUUUCACCUCACAUAGUCCAGCGAAGUUAGUAAACAAUGUUGAUAGAGCUAGAAUUGUAUUUAGUAGUUAUUUAGUCUGCAUCUUCCAGGAGAGAGUUCAAUCUUGACAAUGGUAAACUGGCAGUUCUGUUUAUUCCUGUUCCUGUAGAUGAGGACAGCAUCAGCGACUGGUCCACUGACAGCUGUGGGUGGAGUGAUGACGACUUUGGGGUUGAUUUGGAUGUCACCACGCCUCCUCUGAGUAUCGACUCAGGUGCUGCAGACACAAACGACCAAGAGAUAGUUCGAUGCAUCUGCGAGGUGGAGGAAGAAAAUGAUUUCAUGAUUCAGGUGACAUGGGCUAUUUUUUAUAAAGACUUGUAGUUGAUCUUUCUCUGGAAGUACAAGCUCUUUUUUUAUUAUUGUCUUUGCAACACACACCUGAAACACUCGUUCUCCCCAUAGUGUGAAGAUUGUUUGUGUUGGCAACAUGGCACCUGCAUGGGCCUGCUAGAAGACAACGUUCCAGACAAAUACACCUGCUACAUCUGCAGAGACCCACCAGGUGAGGAUGAAUCAGUAACACAUAGCUGUAAAUUACUCACAGCUAUCUUUCAGUUUGGUGACAUCAAAUAGUGUGAGAUUGUCUGCUUGGUUUUCAUUCUACCGUUGGUAUAAGCUGCCUUUGAGCGAAUGAUAGGACGGAAGGUUUUCCUUCAUGAGCUUUAAGCAUUACAUCAUGAUGCUGUUUUUGAUAGCCCAAAAUUUGGCAGUCGCUGUUGUACUCACUGUACUUAAGCUUGAUAAAAACAUCUUUUUUUUUGUGCCAGAUCUCUUCUCAGAGUUAUUUGGUAACAUGUUAUUGCAAAUCAUUACUCAUUCCAGGUCAAAGGCAGAGUCUGCGCUACUGGUAUGAUCGUGAGUGGUUGAGCAAUGGUCACAUGUACGGCUUGUCCUUCCUGGAGGAGAACUACUCUCAUCAAAAUGCCAAGAAGAUUACCACCACCCACCAGCUGCUGGGAGAUGUCCACCAUGUGGUGGAGGUCCUAAAUGGACUGCAGCUCAAGAUGAGUGUUCUACAGUGAGUAUCAAGGAAUUGCAUGACAAGACUUUAAGAAGAUUUCCAACUAACUACUGGAGUUAAAGGGAUAUUCCGGCGUAAAAUUAAGUUGGGGUCAAACACACCAUGAGUUAGACACGCCCUUUGAGAGAUUAAUUUUGCAGACCGCUUGCUUCUGUAGUUAUACCAACUUUCGUAAUGACCGCAUGAUAGCAAUACACAGCGGUCUCAGGAGCCACAUGCUCAACCAAAAAGCCACUUUAUAGCCACAAAUAAUGCUCAGAACAGCACCUAACUUCAUCAACAGUACAUAUAGGGUUCCAGCCAUAGAACUAGCCACCAAACAUCUUUUUAGCUUAGCCUGAUUUCUUUAGCAAAGAGACUAAACACAACUCACCCACUCUCCUCCAGCAGCCACUUGUUAGUGGGGGAGCCCUGAUGAGUAAAUUGCCGAGUGCAGCGGAGUUUAGCAGCUCAAGGAAGAACAUUUAUGAUCAUUACUUCAUGGAAAUGCAAUCAGACCAAGAUGCCAAGGCAGAAGAACUACUGCAUCUGCAGUGCAAAAUGAUUAUUACUUCAUAGAAUUGAUCUGCUGCGCUCAGUCAUCGACUCGUCAGGGCUCCGCCCACGAAAAAGCAGCUAAUGGAGGAGAGUUGAUAGGUUGUGUUUGGACCCUUUGCUAAAGAAAUCAGGCAAAGAUAAAAAGAUGUUUGGUGGCUAGUUCUAUGGCUGGGACCCUAUAUGUACUGUUGAUGAAGUUAGGUGCUGUUCUGAGCAUUAUUAGUGGCUAUAAAGUGGCUUUUUGGUUCAGGUGGAGUUGUAGACCAUUGUGUAUCGCUAUCCGCAGUCGUUACUAAAGUUGAUAAAACUAAAGAAGCAAGCAGUCGGCAACAUUCCUCUCCCGGGGGGGUGUCUAACCCGGUGUUACGGUGUGUUUGACUCUAACUUGAUUUUAUGCCGGAAUAUCCCUUGAAUCGAAAAGUGGAUCUUUAUGAGAAAAGUUGCUGUUUUUGUUGUUGUUGUUGUUGUUGUUGUUCAUGUAGACCAACACAGAUGUCUCUUGCUCUCCAGGAACAAUACUCACCCUGACCUGCAGCUGUGGAGGCAGCCAUGGAAGCAUUUGGAGAGGUCACGGAUCAGCCUAGACUCAUGCCGUGGCAGUGACGCAGCUCCGUCUCCUGUUACUCCUGAUGAGGACAUGAGUCGAGGCGAGAUUUUAAUGUCUAACGCUCUGGAGAAGCUGAGCAGAGCCGCUACAGCUGCUGCCACCUCUACACCCUGCUCCUCCUCCCCCUUCCCAUCCUUCCAGGACUCGUACAUUACCAGUGAACAUUGCUACCAGAAACCACGGGCAUAUUACCCUGCCGUGGAGCAGAGACUGGUCGUGGAGACCAGACAGGGCUCUGAGCUGGAGGACAGCAUGAGAAGUACAGAAGAACUUUUGGAGAGGGAGCAGCGCUAUGGCAGCCUCUUGGAGACAGAGAAGCCCAAAUCAUCUGGCACCAGUAACAAGGUGAGGUUUUAUUCCACAACGGACAAGGACGCCUAAACUUAUUUUUUGUGCUACAUUUACAAAUUUCACAUCAAAUUAUGACCAAAAACUAGAUUACGUCCCUGAACUUCGCUGAAGGCAAAAUCUUGAUGUAAUUUUAUCAGAAACUUUAAUCCAAGUUAGAGAGCCCUGCUUUCACUGCCGUGUGCUACGUUCUUGCCAGAAUUGAAUCAAUUCAAGAACCAAAGUUAGAUUAGGUUCUUUGACAGGAUUUUCUGAGUCAUAUCAUGAGAGGCAAGUAAGACUCAAUUGUUCCGCUCAACAUCAGGUCUGUAGCAGUCGAGCGCUGCAGCUGUGGUGUCCCUAAUUCUCCUUGACACUUUGCAUACAGUGCAGAUAAUGUCAUGUAAGAGAAAUAAUUGUGUUACAGGAUAAUGUAUCGUCUUCUCAGUGUGUUCACAAUUUCCUCAGUUUACUCCCAUCAUUGCUGGUUAAAAGACGUAGUUGUGUUGCUUUGCGGUCCAGACGCAGGUCUCAUAUGCUCUUUGAUAUAUAUAUGUUUUCUUGCUUAUGAUUUCACCUCUUAACCACCUCAGCACCUGAGUUUUUACCUUUUUUUUAGGAACAACUGCUGCACACUUGGUAUUUCAACACCAGUAGUUUAAGGUAGAAAUGGUACCACAUUACCUUCAAGAUAAAAAUCCGAAGUGAAAGCCUGGUCAGAGAACUUUGUUUGGAGAUAAUAAAAAACCUUGUGCUGUGACAUUGUCACAUUUUUGACACCGAGCUCACGUGUUACUGCAUAGUUGAUCACUAACUCAAAGUUGUAAGUUGGUGAGAAGUGGCAAUCAUGAUCAUAGUUUCUGGAAUCAAAACUUGAUGCCUGAAUGCUUGCCUGAAAAAAUCUUUGAAGUUGCUGAAUUGCCAUGACAACCCCUAUAUCUGAGCUGCUCGGAUGACUCAACGUUUGAAGAUUGGUCCUGAUGCAGUUAUCUUUUGGUUAUCUGACAUUUGUGCGCAUGAAUAAUGUGCAUUAUCUUGGUUGGAAGAUUUUGUAGAAUGAGCUUUGAUCCUGUUUUAAAUGGGAAAACUUGUCUGAUCAUUUCAACCUGAAUGUCUCUAGGCUUUGAUGAUUGGGUCUUGGUCCCAGACUGACUCAAGAGAAGAUGGUGGAAGAGAUCCCGGAGAGGCCGCAGAUAACGGCAAACAUCAGCAGAGGCAGAUCAACCUGCUGGAUCACAUCGAUGCAGUCCAGGAUGAGGUCUCACACAGGAUGGACUUCAUUGAGAGAGAGUUGGAUGGUAAGACAUGUUGUGCCUUUGGCUUUACCUUAAUGGAGGGUUUUGCCCAAAUGGAUCAUUAGAUCUUAUUUAAAGAGGUAACGAUGCCAGCUGAAAAUCAGUCAUUCGUUGUUCUUAAAUGCAAGUUUUGUUAGCAGCUAGGUGUGUAAUGUUAGUGCAGAAUAGAUUUCCUGACAAACUAUUGGAACAAAAUGUUUUACCAGGUGAAAUCAAACAAUGCUGGCUUGCAAGUAUGGAUGAUAUUUUGAACAAGGGUUCAUCCCUAAACCAAAAUUGUGUUAGACUCAGUGUGUCCAACCUUCUCUCCUGAAGUUAGGAGUAUACAUAAGUGCAGACGAGUAAAGGGUUGUUAUUCCCCCGUUAUGAAAGUGAUAUAUGCUUCUAAUAACGUCUUGCACAGUAUUUCUGGUUAAUAUUUCCUUGGAGUGCACCGGUCUGUGCAAAUACAAAGUCAUUGUGUAGUUAUGGACCCAUGUCUUUAAUGGUGCAUUAAAUUGGGCAAUAGCCUAGAGGUACAGAUGGUCUUUAGGAUGCUCAAUACCUCUCAUAAGCUCACCUUUGGUUCUUCUACUCAUCCUUUUAAGUGCUGGAGAGCUGGCUGGACUACACUGGGGAGCUUGAACCUCCUGAGCCCCUGGCUCGCCUGCCUCAGCUCAAACAUCGCAUGAAACGGCUGCUGACACAGCUGGGGAAGGUGCAGCAGAUCGCUCUGUACAGCUCCACAUGAGGGCGCCAGAGAACAGUAGCAGCCUCAGUCCAAUGCAGCAGCAGCAUUAAGAGUGCAGCGGAGGAAGCCCACUGGACUUUGGCCGCAAAGAUAACGACUCCGAUUGUUCAUCACGUUUGCUCUGACCUGACAUCUGCUGCUGUUGUUAGUCUUUUUUAAAGGUUGUGUGUGGAUGAAUCCAAUGCUGCAGCCAGUUAGUUUCAUGUCUGUCAAUUACAUGAACUCUUCUGGAAGGUCAGCAUAUUAAAUCAGGAUAAAACACAAAAAGUAACCUCUCAACGGCAGGAGAAAAUCCUUAGGACCAGAUUACACUUCUGUGGUUCCCAUGCAACUUUAACCUUAUGAAUGCCUUUUGUAUGAAGCUACUGCUAAAGGUGUCCCUGUCUCUCGCAGUACACAGUGCUUUACAUGCAGAAGCUUUGUACUCAAACUGCAAUUGAGUUCUUGGACCCACACAGGCUCUUUGCAAUAGUUCUUAAAAAAUGUUUUCAUAGAGUUGCAGAUUUGUGUUAAAAUGUCUCAAAGUUCCAAAUUUGUCUCUUGUCAUACCAUACUGCGUUAUAACUCUCACAUAGGUGUGGAUAGACGGUAACUUGAAGACAUCCUAUAUGUAACGUGACUGCACAACAGUCUCUUCAAACCAAUUGUUCUGUUUUUGACAUAUCCAGCUGUUUGUUUAAAACUGCACUGUGAAGUUAUUUUUGUCUGGAGUCAAAGGCAUCUUAUUUUCAGUUUCAGAUAGUGUCAAGUGUGAUUUCUGUUUUGUCUUGUAUUGCUUCUUUUCUGUACGUUCUCAUCAGUAUACUGGUUUUAUCAGUUCAUCUUUAUACAUCACCACCAUAUAACCCUUACUUAAACCUACUCUUUGCAUUGUUGUUGUAGCACUUGACCUUUUUGCUGAAAACUGUACUGUGGACUUGUUUUUCCCUUAACCUAGAUUAUUGUACUUUGUAAGUUAAAUACUACUUAAAAAAAUCUUCAAAAUGUAUUAUUUUUCUCUGUUCUGUUUAUUUUUGAUUUACUGUAUUUUGGUUGUAUAUAUGUUAAUCAAAAAUGUGCUCAUCUUUAUUGAAAACAUCAUUCAAAUUCAAAUAUUGUAUGCUUCUGUACUGUAAGUGUCUGGCUUAGAAGCAGGGAAAUGUAAAAACAAUGCAAACAUUUGCUAGUACAUAAAUAAACUUAUUGUUACUCCUCACUAUAGUCGUA